UCACAUCAGAAGCCAAGUGUUUUCCUUACAUUAAAUAUAACUAACAAUACCGACCUUUCAUCUUUCCACAAAACAUAUCUAACAUUAACUGUCCACUUGAAAGGGUCUAAACUCCCUCCAAUCAUCCUUGUCUCUAAACCAUCAAUUUCAAUACUAAAAUUAGCCUCUAUUCCCUUAACCAUUCAUUAUCUUACUCUGCAUUAGCUAUAUAAACAGCUCUGAUCCAUCAUCUCCAUUGCCAUUCUCCCUGCACCCAAGCACCCCCUUCACCAGCAGCAAUGGGCGGCUGUGCAAGCAAACCUAAGGAGCUGGAUGGCCACAAAACAGAGGAGCUCCCGGUUGAAGCCUCAGUGGCCGCCCCUGAGGUGAAGCAGGUCGAAGAAAAUGUUCCUGCAGAGACAAAGGCUGAGGAGGAGAAGGAAGAGCCAUUGCUGGUGGAUCUCUCUGAGCCAAAGCCUGAAGAAUCCAAAUCAGAGCCUGAGGACGGAAAACUGUCUCCAGAGAUCAGCGAGCUGAAACCUGAGGCUCCGGCGGAGGUGGAGGCCAAUGCUGAUGAGGAGAAAACUGCCAAGCCAGCGGAGAACACUCCUGCUGAGGAGGUGGUGGCAGAGGAGGCUGCUGUUGCGGAGGUGGUGACGGCAAAGAAGGUUGAAGAACUGCCUGCUGAGGAGAAGAAGGCAUAAUAAGUUGAAUUCAUUGGCAAAUAAGGAAGGACUGAAAUCUGCUUUGAGUACCUGUGGUUUAUCGUUCGAUUCC